AUGAUUAUUUAUAAACUGCUUCUACUCCUCAACACAGAAAGGAUUCUUUUUCAUCAAACAUUUCGUCUUUUUGAUAAGGAUGGAGAUGGAUACAUAGGAAAAGACGAAUUAUUAAAUACAUUACGCGCUCUGGGUCAUGAAGUCACAAUGAAUGAUAUGGAUGAUAUCAUGUCUGAAAUACAAACACACAAGAAGGGUGUAAUAUCUUUUGAUGAAUUCUGUACAAUAAUGAAAGCACCAACAAUGGAUACUAUGAAAACCUUACCUACAAGAAGAAAGAUGUUUGACAUGUUUGACUUGAAUAAGGAUGGUUUCUUGUCUGUGAAUGAAUUCAAGUCUGUCUCAUCAAAGUUGGGUAUAGGCAUUGUCAUGGAAGAUAACGAGAUUCGACAAUUAUUUAACCUUGUAGAUACUAAUAAGGAUGGUUUAAUAUCAUACGAUGAAUUUGUAAGAUUAUUUAACAUUUCUUAA